AUGUGGAAGAAGAUUCACAAGCCUCGGGACUGGGCAAAGCCUCAAGGCCAAGCUGUCACAGUUUCCGCGAGUGAUAAGAUACAUGGGAUGUCGGGGUUUGGCCAUGGAGGUUAUACCCAUCCACAUGAGCCACAAAUUUCUCAGGCAAAGAUGAUAGUAUCUGAACCUCUUCCAAAACCUUCAUUCCAGUCAGCACAUGCGCGGAACACUUCCUCAGUCUAUUCCCAAGAUUCAACGGCACAUUCUCCACAUAACCACGGCGAGCCAUAUCACUCUUAUUCCUCAGCAUAUCAUUCGGGCUAUGGUGAUCGUGACUUAUCCCCUCCAGUUUCUCCUAUUCGUGAACAGUACCCUUCAUCUAGGGAGAGUCACAAUGUUUCUCCCAUCGAAGAGCCUGGGAGCAACCCCAUUCCCGAUAUGGACAACAAGGAAAAACGCUCGGCUCACCGGGCCGCAUAUGCAUCUAACUCCAAUGGAGAUAUAAAGGCUCCUGCUGCACGAAGACAAUAUUCAACAAAAUGGGAUGACUAUCCAGGGGAACUAACAACAAGCGACAAGGGUAGAUAUCCCCAAGGCACUCCGGGGAACACAAAACUUGAAGGAUGUUCCAUGGCAAGCGGCCCUUCGAAACCUCGAUUUGACAUCGAGACAAAAGCCGGCCACAUGAAUGUUCCUAAAACCCGGCGUCGAAUGGACCCCGAUACUUCUGCUUAUGGGAAUCCUCCCCCGCCCCCUUUAAAAGAUGGAGGUUAUAGAGGUCGGUCUAGCACACAACCUGUGGGAGGGAAGCCCAUAACAAACCCCAAAGCCAGGGAUGACAAAGCACUUCCAAUGGCACCUAAGCCAAGACCAGCUGUCCCCGAAAAGGACAAAGUACUUGCGAGGCCAGCACCCACGCCCUUGACUAUCCCAAAUUCUACGCACUUGAGUCUUUUCGAGGAUGUGUUACAAACCACAUCUACGUCAACUUGGGAGACUAGCAAGUUUGGCGGUGCUGUUGAGCAGGCUGAGCAAGCCUCUAGUAAAGGGGACAAUGGACUGAGCGACUUGUUGACGCAACAGCUCCAGGGAAUAGCGUUUCCACGAGAGCCAUGUAGCCGCUUCAGCGCCACAACUUAUGCCACUACCGAACCGGGAAGCCCUCCUCCAAUCUCUGAGAGCUUUGAGCAGCCACUACCAGGUAUUGGGUCUAAAAUGCAUCAGUUCUCUGCCAAAAAUACCAUUCGCAAACCUACUCCUUCACAGAUGACUACUGUCUCUGAGGUAGGAACGGUAGCCCAAACCCAACCUGAGACCAACAUCACCACUAGAAUCGAAGAUCUCAAAUCAAAGCUUGCAGACCUUGCGCGCCGAAAGACCAAUAUCGACACUAUGAUCCAUGAGUUAACUCAAGUUAUUCAACCUAGCUCGAUAGCAUAUGAUAUGGCCACCAGAAGCGAAGUGAACAAAACUGUGACAAGCCUAAACAAUGAGCUGGCAGACAUCAAGAAGGAGGAGCACGAACUGGGGUUGAAACUGCUUCGUGCAUACAAAAAGAGAGAUAAAGGUGACAUUUAUGCCAACGAACCAACAUUAUGGGUUAAACGGGUUACUAGUUAG